AAUAAUGACUGCUUAUGUGAUGCUCCAGGUGAUCAUAUACGUGGUAUAUGAUGGAGUUUCUCAACGCUUCCCGCAAGUUCCAAUCACCGCUUCCUUCUCUCUUGAAUGAAAAGCCAGAGAUCCAGUGAGGGGGUUACAGUCGGACGCCGGAGGCAGGAAGCUCGGUAGCUCGAGUGGGGGCGCGAGACCAAUACCCGAGUCGAGCGGCUCUCCUCGAAGCACGCGGAGGCGAACGGGAACCAGCACCAUGGCAGAACAGGAUGUGGAGAAUGAGCUUCUGGACUAUGAGGAAGAUGAAGAGCCCCAGGCGCCUGCAGAGAGCACUCCAGCUCCCCCUAAGAAAGAUGUCAAGGGUUCCUACGUCUCCAUCCACAGCUCAGGCUUCCGGGACUUUCUGCUGAAGCCGGAGCUCCUGAGGGCCAUAGUGGACUGUGGCUUUGAGCACCCAUCAGAGGUGCAGCACGAGUGCAUUCCUCAGGCCAUUCUGGGCAUGGAUGUCUUGUGCCAGGCCAAGUCAGGGAUGGGCAAGACGGCAGUCUUUGUGCUGGCCACCCUGCAGCAGAUCGAGCCUGUCAACGGACAGGUAACAGUCUUGGUGAUGUGCCACACACGGGAGCUAGCCUUUCAGAUCAGCAAGGAAUAUGAGCGCUUCUCCAAGUACAUGCCUAGUGUCAAGCUUUCGUCUGGCUAUUUAGCCUCCCGGGCCACUGGCGCCCCCCGCCCUGAGAUUGUUUUUUUCGGCUAG